GGAGUAAGCCACGUCGGCCACCAGAAAAUCGCCCAACCUCUCUCUCUCUCUCUCUCAUGGCCGCCGCCUCCCCAAUCCGAAUCAGAAACCACCCCCUCUACUUCCCCUGCCCUCAACAAACCUUCAUUCUAUUCCUCCCAUUUACCCUUCAACUUCGACAAAAUUACGCAUCCGGUCCCUAACAAAAGGAUUUCCGAUCUCCUGUACUCUCACUCCGUAAUCAACAACUCGCCAAUUGGAGGAGAACGACCAGAGGACAACCAUGGAGCCCGAACCCAAGCCCGUUCUGCUGAGACCUGACCCGUUCGGACGGUACGGUAAAUUCGGCGGGAAGUACGUGCCCGAAACUCUCAUGCACGCUCUCACCGAGCUCGAAUCCGCUUUUCAUUCUCUCGCCGGAGACCAAGAUUUUCAGAAAGAACUGGACGGGAUACUGAAAGAUUAUGUUGGUAGAGAGAGCCCUCUUUAUUUUGCAGAACGGCUAACUGAGCACUAUAGGCGUCCCAAUGGCGAAGGGCCGCAUGUUUACCUCAAGAGAGAGGAUCUUAACCACACUGGUGCCCAUAAAAUCAAUAAUGCUGUGGCUCAAGCUUUGCUUGCAAAACGCCUGGGGAAGCAACGCAUUAUUGCAGAAACUGGGGCUGGUCAGCAUGGAGUCGCCACAGCCACCGUAUGUGCUCGAUUUGGUUUGGAGUGUGUUAUUUAUAUGGGAGCUCAAGAUAUGGAAAGGCAAUCUUUAAAUGUCUUCAGAAUGCGACUUCUUGGAGCUGAGGUUAGGGCUGUUCAUUCUGGUACUGCCACAUUGAAAGAUGCUACAUCAGAGGCUAUACGAGAUUGGGUGACUAACGUGGAAUCAACCCACUAUAUCUUGGGAUCUGUUGCUGGGCCACAUCCAUACCCCAUGAUGGUUCGAGAUUUUCAUGCGGUGAUUGGCAAAGAGACAAGGAAACAAGCAUUGGAAAAAUGGGGUGGGAAACCAGACAUUCUUGUUGCCUGUGUUGGUGGAGGUUCAAAUGCCAUGGGACUUUUUCAUGAAUUUGUGGAAGAUGAAGAUGUUAGGCUGAUUGGUGCUGAAGCUGCAGGUUUCGGAUUGGAUAGUGGUAAGCAUGCUGCUACCUUGACUAAAGGGGAGGUUGGUGUGCUGCACGGAGCUAUGAGCUAUUUAUUGCAAGACGAAGAUGGGCAAAUAGUUGAGCCUCAUUCCAUUAGUGCAGGCCUGGAUUACCCUGGAGUUGGACCAGAACACAGCUUUUUGAAAGACUUAGGGCGUGCUGAAUACUAUAGCAUCACAGAUGAGAGGCGUUGGAAGCCUUUAAGAGAUUAUCUCGACUAGAAGGCAUAAUUCCGGCACUGGAGACAUCACAUGCUCUUGCAUAUCUGGAGAAACUGUGUCCCACCCUCCCAAAUGGUACUAAGGUUGUGCUUAACUGCAGUGGCAGAGGAGAUAAGGACGUCAUGACGGCCGCUAAAUUUCUGCAGGUUUAAUUGUCAUUCCUCUAGGAUCUUAUGACCUGAAGGGUUCAUCCUUGAGAUUUAGCCCAACUUUUUUUCUGAUGGAUUUUCUGUUUUCUGAGAGUUUCUGUGUGUUGUAUGAAUGAAUUUUGUUAUUCCAAUUUCUGAAACUAAAUUUUUUGGGAUAGGAUCAAUCUAGCCAUCUUGUACGAGCAUGCAAAACUCGCCAUCUUGUAUGAGAAGCAAAAGUAAGUUUCUGUU